AUGAGACAAUAUCGAAGGGUACUAGCUGCUGUCUAUAAUCAGGCUGCAUCUUCUCAAGUAAUUGCUCAACCUUCUAAUACUUAUCAUCAUGGUUCCUCAAGUAUCACUUAUGACUGGUAUUGGGAGGCUAUUCGAGCCAAGAAGUUGACUCUCAGAUACAUUGGUUUGUUUGAGAUUCUAGAGAGGAUUAGGCCUUUGGCAUAUCGGAUUGCAUUACCCCCACAUUUAUCAGGUGUACAUGACAUGUUUCAUGUCUCACAACUCAAGAAGUACCAACCCGAUCUAUCUAACAUUAUUCAACCAAAAGAGGUAGAGCUAUUGGAGAAUUUGACUUAUCGAACUGAGCUAGAAAGAAUAGCUGAUGUGAAAGAUAAGCAACUCAAAAACAAGACUGUCUGUUUAGUGAAAGUGAUAUGGAAGGGAAUGACUCCCGGUGAUGCCGCUUGGGAAAUGGAGGAGAAAAUGAGGUAA